AUGGGUAAUACAACAUCAGAAGUAGCUUCGGGGGUAAAAGCUCAGAUCAAUUCCGAUGGUCAAGGUCCGGAACUGUAUCGUUUCGUUGAUUUUAAAGGAGGUGGAGAACUCAUUGAUGUUAUGCGAGUCGCUAAUCGAACGAAAGAUUACACACAUAUUGACACACUCAUCCGUGAACAUAUACCGAAAUAUCUGUAUAACAAUGGCGAAGGCAAAUUGGUAACGAUCAGCGAAAUUGUUCGUCGACGAAAUAACACGUUCAAUAAAUUGAAGAGUAUUCUUCCAGUAGCUAAAACUGCUGAAGAAGAACAAAUCAAUGGUAAUACUGAAAGCGAAGAAACUAAACGAGUCUGCUGGGAUUUAGAUUUACGUGGUGGAGUGGGAGAGCAUAUUCUUCAUAUAUGUUAUCUUUCAUCGGGCCCUGUUCAUUCAGCAUUAGCUAAACGAUUAUUACGACAUUAUCCAAGACUCAUUGAUGAUUUGUACAUGGGUGAUGAGUAUUAUGGUGAAAAUGUUCUUCAUAUCGCAAUCGUUAACGAAGAACCAGCAACAGUCAAAUUUCUUCUUGAUGCCGGUGUUGAUUUCACGCAGCGAUGCUGUGGAAAGUUUUUCUGUCCAGAAGAUCAAAAAUCUAGUCGAAUGGAUAAUUUCACGAAAGAAUGUCCGGAUGUCAGUGUUGCUACAAAUUACGACGGUUAUUGUUACUUUGGUGAAUAUCCACUCUCAUUUGCCGCUGUCUUGCAACAGGAAGAAUCAGUACGAUUACUAGUCGCCAAAGGUGCAGAUACAAAUUGUCAAGAUUCGAAUGGAAAUACCGCUUUACAUAUGUGUGUCAUCUACAAUCGAAUCAGUAUGGUCGAUCUAUUAUAUGAAUUAGGCGGAUCAUUGGAUAUUAAGAAUCGGCAAGGUUUAACACCAUUGACAUUGGCCGCGGUGAAAGCACGAAAAGAAAUGUUUGAUCAUAUUUUACAAAAGAUUCGUACGGUUUAUUGGCAAUAUGGUAAUGUUACAUGCGCUGGUUAUCCGUUAGACGAUAUUGAUACUAUUGGAAAAGACGGAUCUCUAAACGACACAAGUGCGUUGAAUAUCAUCGUUCGGGGUGAAUCCGCCGGCCAUUUGGAUAUGAUGGAUGGCCUAAUCGUCCAGUUACUAAAUGAAAAAUGGCGUACAUUUAUCAAAUUCAAAUUUUUCCAACGCAUGGCUAUAUUCACACUUUAUUUCGGAAUAUGUUUAUUCGGAUUAUUGGUUCGUGGUUAUUACCAUCUUCCGGAUGCAUGCUUAGAAAAAUUGGAACUAGACAAGAGUGCGAACACAUACAAAUCCGUGAUCUCGCCUAAACAUUAUUGUCAAUGUCAUUAUACGAAUUUUCUUUGGCGUAGCUCGUUCGAAGAUAAGGACAACGAAACAAGUUUCAAUGCAACGUUUGCUGCAAGUAUCGAGAAUGAUAAAGGAGUAUUUGAACCAAUGGCUUUGAUACUAAACGUUUGCGACGGCUUGAGUGUACUCGGUGCAAUAAUUUAUCUGCUACUGACAAUCCAGGAGUUUGCUUAUCAAAAUUUUCAACUCGAUGCAUUUAUAUAUGUCAAUGAUCCAUCGAGAAUUUUAUUUCUUUUCUCGUGUAUAUUAACAAUCGGAAUGUUACCAGCUCGAUUCACUUGUUCACUUACUGCCGACGAUAUUCUUUGUGUCUUUGCUACACUUACUCGUGCACCUUAUUUCUUCUUCUUUUGCCGCGGUUUUCGAACGACAGGUCCAUUUGUUGUGAUGAUAUACACCAUGAUUCGCGGUGAUCUAUUACGAUUUUGCUUGAUCUUUCUCGUCUUCAUGUGUGGCUUCACACAAGCACUGCACGUUCUGUUCGUUCGAACGUCUUGUGAAAAUGAAUUUGCUACCGUGAUCGAAACAUUUUUUCAUAUGUUUUGUGUCACGCUCCAACAAGUCACAGACGCAUACGAAAAUUUAAAUCGACAUCCGAUCGUUGGAAUUCGAAUCAUCGGAAAAAUAUGGUUUGUUACUUAUAUCAUUAUGGCAGCUGUACUACUCGUUAAUAUGCUAAUCGCUAUGAUGGGUAAUACAUAUGCGAUGGUCAAUGAACGUAAGAAGGAAUGGUUACGACAAUGGGCAAAAAUCAUGUUGAUUGUUGAACAGUCCGUCUCUCGAAAAGAACGUUUAGUCCAACAGUCAAACUAUUCGAGAAAGAUGCCCGAUGGGUCUCGUGUUUUAAUCACCAGACUGAUUCAAACAUCGGAAGAACGAACCAGCAUUGAAAGUAUGGGAGCACUGUACUACGAACAGUUGCGACGUCAUUUAGAGCCAGAAAAUGUUUCUAUUCAUUCGAAAACCAAAUCUAUUGCCGCUAAUUCUCAACAUAGUGCAUCAUUGCAUGGAGCGGUCACUAUCCGAAGUAGACAAGAAAUCUUUCGAAAUCAUCAACUACCGGACAGCUUUGGUUCGUUCGAUACCGCCGCACUUAUUUAA